AUGCGAUCACCGUCCCCGGCUCCGGUCCGCCCCGUGACCCCGGAGUUCCGGUUCUGGAGUCCACCUGCGGACCCGGACAAACCACCCUGCCCUUACCGAACGGGCUUCACCGUCGAUAUCAAACCCCACAUCCCGCCCGCUCCCUUUGGCGGACAAGCCUACGGUAGUACGCCACGGGCUAUCGUGUCCCAACAUGACCUGAGAACCCUCAGGCAAACCGAGCUUCUCCUGGCCAACCCGCCACUCGAAACAGCAGACUCUCCCACCUCACAAAUCCACACUUUGUCCGUGACCGUGACCCGCGAACUCGCCGUCGCUGACGACCGAGACGCCCAGCUGGUCCUCUGCAACAUCAAGCCCAAGAGCCCUGUCGACGAUGGCCUCCCCUUCCAGGCAGUGGCCAAAAUCUACGACCCACUCUAUUAUUCCUUCCCCCACAAGGACGCACCCAGCGUGCCCUGCGAUGUCACAUGGUCCGCCGAUCAGGACUACAGCCGCGAGGCCGCUGCGUACGAACAUCUGCAGACCAUCGGUCAGGCCGGGUCCUUCGCGCCCAAGUAUUUUGGUUCAUGGACUUUUACCCUUAGCCUCCAGAUGGGCAAUGCGAAGAAGAAAACGCCUCCACAAUCCCGCUCAGUCCGCCUCAUUCUCAUCGAGUAUAUCCCUGGGAAGAGCCUCCGCGAACUCUGUACCGGACCGGCGCCCACACCCGCCAGAAUGUUGAGCGAGGCAUACCGCUUAGAGGUGCUGGCCAGAAUCCUGGACGGGGAGGCAACGUUGCGGUUCAAGGGCAUCAACCAGCGGGAUCUGGCCGCACGCAACGUCAUCCUAACCCUCUUCGAGGACCAGAUGGAAGGGCAGCCGGAGGAGCCAAACAACAUGAUCUCACCACGGGUCGUGUUAAUCGACUACAACAUCUCGGUAGUCUACACCAAGACGAAACGCAAGAUCAUACCCUACGACGGCACGACCCUCCCCCCAAACCCCAUGUGGACUUACUGGAAGGACAACCUACAGGGGUUUGACGGUUGGAUUCCAGACGCGUGGGAAACCAACUAUAGGCUGCGCCAGGAAUGGCUGAAGGAGAGGUUUGGGGGGGAUAAUCUGGCUAGAUAUGCCCCUGUCGAGGAAGAGCUCGAGUUUGACGAAUAUUUGGCACCGGAACAACUACCAACGCCGCUUUGGGGGGCAAGUGUGUGA